AUGGCUGCUCCUUCGAUUACUUCUAAUUCUACUAGUUCAACCAGUAAUAUUAAGUUAGCUGAAAAAAACCACCAAAGAGAUCAACAAUUUGCUAAGGCUUUACACGGGGAUUCCUAUAAGAAGACCGGGUUGAGUGCUUUGAUUUCUAAAGCUAAAGAUGCCUCUGCCGUUGCCACCAAUGGAUAUUUCAAACAUUGGGAUGGUGGUGUUACUAAAGAAGAUGAAGAUAAGAGAUUAGAAGAUUAUUCUCAAUUAACUGCUCAUUAUUAUAAUUUAGUUACUGAUUUUUACGAAUAUGGGUGGGGGUCAUCAUUUCAUUUUUCCCGUUAUUAUAAAGGUGAAGCUUUUAGACAAGCUACUGCUAGACACGAACAUUACUUGGCUCAUAAAAUGAAUAUUCAUGAAAACAUGAAAGUUUUAGAUGUCGGAUGUGGUGUUGGUGGACCAGGUCGUGAAAUUUGCAGAUUUACUGAUUGUUCAAUUGUUGGUUUAAAUAAUAAUGACUAUCAAGUUGAAAGAGCCAAUUUCUAUGCACAAAAAUAUGGUUUACAAGAUAAAUUAUCCUAUGUUAAAGGUGAUUUCAUGCAAAUGGAUUUUGAACCAGAAUCUUUUGAUGCUGUUUACGCUAUUGAAGCCACCGUUCAUGCUCCUGUUUUAGAAGGGGUUUACUCUGAAAUUUAUAAAGUUUUAAAACCAGGUGGGGUCUUUGGUGUUUAUGAAUGGGUUAUGACUGAUGAAUAUGAUGAAAGUAAUGAAGAACAUCGUAAAAUUGCUUAUGGUAUUGAAGUUGGUGAUGGUAUUCCAAAAAUGUACAAAAGAGAUGUUGCCGAACAAGCUUUGAAAAACGUUGGUUUCGAAAUCGAAUAUGAAUCUGAUUUAGCCGAUAGAGAUGAUAGCAUUCCUUGGUAUUAUCCUUUAGCCGGUGAAUGGAAAUACGUUCAAACUCUCGGUGAUGCUUUCACCAUUUUCAGAACUUCAAAAUUAGGUCGUGCCGUCACUACUGAAGCAGUUGGUCUUAUGGAAAAACUUGGUUUGGCUCCAAAAGGUUCUAAACAAGUUACCAACGCUUUGGAAGAUGCUGCUGUUAACUUGGUUGAAGGUGGUAGACAAAAACUUUUCACUCCAAUGAUGCUCUACGUUUGUAGAAAACCAUUAGAUGCUGAAAACUAA